AGUCGUUGUCCAUUGCGGAGAGAGUGCUUUCAAUCGCUUCCGGUUUCCCCUCGGCUCUCUAAUGUUGGAGAUUAAUCUAUGAAAUUAUUAUUUUUUCCCCCACACACUUGCGUCCCGCCUAAAAAGAGAAAUCGUAUGCGUGCACGGUGCACCCCCACGUAGAAGAAUUGACAAGCCUUGUGCCACUAAAGCUGCUUUAAAGGUUUGCGAACAUGUCUGCCGCCGAAGAAGCGGACAAAACGGCCGCUACGGAUGCUAGCGCUGGUGACGAGGAGGAAGAAUGGCUGUAUGGAGAUGAAACUGAGAGCAAAGAAGAGGAAGAAGAAGCCAAACAGACUGCUGCUGACAGUGCUCCUGCUGAGGCCCCGUCCGAGGAAGCUGCCGAACAUGCCACAGGAAACGGCGUGGCGUCCGAGUCACAGGCCACUGAGGACGCCGCAGGUGAUGAUGCGGAGAGUGACAGUGACAGUGAUGAUGAUGAUGACGACGUCCGUGUCACCAUUGGAGACAUUAAAACCGGGGCUCCACAAUACACAUCAUAUGGGGCGCCUCCUGUCAAUCUCAACAUUAAAACACCUGGCUCCAGAUCUUAUGGACAAGUUACCACAAAAGUGAAAGGAGUCGAUCUUGAGGCUCCUGGUAACAUUAACGGUGUACCGGUGCUCGAAGUGGAUAUGGAGUCGUUUGAGGAAAAGCCCUGGAGGAAACCGGGGGCGGAUUUGUCUGACUACUUCAACUAUGGCUUUAACGAAGACACGUGGAAGGCUUACUGUGAGAAACAAAAACGAUUGCGCAUGGGCCUGGAAGUCUCAACCGUCGGCUCGGCGACGAGUAAAAUCACUGUCCAACAAGGCAGAACUGGCAACGAGAAGGAGAUUUCCAGUCUUGCUCUUCACACGUCCAAAUCGGACUUCACCUCUCCAGUCAGCCUGUACAAGUCUGUCACCAGUCAGGUCCCCAGGAUCUCCCCCCCUCAGUGGACUGGCCCGCCUGUCCCGGAUAUGUCCUAUUAUACGAAGACGAGCGGUACCAUAGAUGUCAUUGGGGGAGGGACGGCCACCAUCAGUAGGGUCGAAGGUCGGCGCAGGCACAAUCUUGAUGGCAAUAACAUCCAGGUGAUCUCUGAACACGCCACAUCAGACGCCGAUACCGCCGCCACGAAGAUGCCCACCUUCUUUCCCCCUGGACCGCUGCCUCCAAACAUCCCCCCGCCUCCUUUCCUCCCACCGCCACCCAACGUGAGCUCGGCACCGCCGCUCAUCCCGCCGCCCCGGUUGCCCAUCACUGUUCCCCCUCCCGGGUUUCCGCCUCCACCUAGUGGCCCCCCACCUUCAAUCAUUCCGACUAUGGACAGCCAUGCUGGAGGUUACGACGGACGCUCUAUCCCGCCAUAUGCCUUCCCUCAAGGCGCCUACCCUCCCCCCAUUUCUGGAGGGGUGCCCACUUCUUGGCCCCCAUUGAUGGACAACUCCAAACCGUGGGACUACUAUUCCCGUCGGGAUGACAAGCGAGAGAAGGAGAGAGAGCGCCCCCGAGAGAGGACGCAUGAGCGGGAGAGGGAGCGGGAGCGAGAACGGGAUUAUAGCCCCUCAGUGAUCGGCUACACAAGCGACGAGGAGCGGUACCGUUACCGCGAGCACCAGGAACGCGGGUACACAGAUCGCCAUCGUGAGCGGGCGAGCCGCGAGAAGGAGGACCGACACCGGGAGAGGCGUCAUCGGGAGAAAGACGAGGGACGCCACAAAUCUUCUCGCAGCAGCAGCAGCAGGAGAAGGCAUGACAGUGAAGAGGCCGACAGCCACCGGAGGCACAAACACAAGAAGAGCAAGAGGAGCAAGGAGGGCAAAGAGGCCAGCGAGGACAUGGGCGCCGACCAAGAGAACCAGGAGGCCAUGGAAUGAGCGCCACCUCCUGUUAUUCCUUUUUUCUUCAUUUUUCCCCCUCCCUCCUUCUGUUGUCUGUCCAACCCACUGAAGACGAGAGAAAAAUGGAUGCCCCGUUGACGGAUGUCACUUGUCUUCAUCAAUCUCCAGUCGUCGCUCAAUCUACUCUUUGCCGUCGCUCGUUAGGAAAAGUGGUGGCAGCAGAGGAGGUUGUGGAAGGGCAGCCGUUUUGCAUUUCUCCACCACUGGAUGACCUCAUUGCCUCAGACCCCCCCCCCCCCCGUCCUCUUGUCCUCCAAACAUGCUCCUUGUUUCCUUUUUCUUCUUUUGUUCGUCAUGAGAAUUCAUGUUGUGUUUGAAUAGUCAUUAAUUCCAGAGUUUGUCACCUUCAAUUAAAAAAAAACAAGUUUUUUGAUAAA